UUCGCCAUGGCUAAGCAGUACAACGCGGUGGAGUGUCCCUACUGCGACGAGGUCUCCAAGUACGAGAAGCUGGCCAAGAUUGGGCAAGGCACCUUCGGGGAGGUGUUCAAAGCAAAACAUCGUCAAACAGGCAAAAAAGUUGCAUUGAAGAAGGUGUUGAUGGAGAAUGAAAAAGAGGGGUUCCCCAUCACAGCCCUACGGGAGAUCAAAAUCCUCCAACUACUCAAGCAUGAAAACGUCGUGAAUCUUAUUGAGAUCUGCAGGACCAAAGCCUCUCCGUACAACCGCUGCAAGGGCAGCAUCUACCUGGUAUUUGACUUCUGCGAGCAUGACCUGGCUGGACUCCUUAGCAAUGCCCAUGUCAAGUUUACACUUUCAGAGAUCAAGAAAGUCAUGCAAAUGCUCCUGAACGGCCUGUACUACACACACUGUAAUAAGAUCUUGCAUCGGGACAUGAAAGCAGCCAACGUGCUUAUCACCCGCGAUGGUGUUCUGAAGCUGGCCGACUUUGACCUGGCUCGGGCCUUCAGCCUGGCAAAGAACAGCCAGCCCAAUCGCUACACUAACAGGGUGGUGACUUUGUGGUAUCGUCCUCCGGAGCUGCUUCUGGGGGAACGAGAUUAUGGACCACCCAUUGAUCUCUGGGGCACAGGAUGCAUAAUGGCAGAGAUGUGGACCCGAAGCCCCAUCAUGCAGGGAAAACAGCUCACUCUCAUCAGCCAGCUUUGUGGAUGCAUCACCCCGGAGGUGUGGCCAAACAUGGAUAAGUAUGAACUGUAUGAGACGCUGGACCUGCCGAAAGGGCAGAAGCGCAAGGUGAAGGAGCAGCUAAAGGCGUACAUCAAAGACCCAUAUGCUCUGGAUCUUAUAGAUAAGCUGCUGGUCCUGGAUCCUGCCCAAAGGAUGGAUAGUGAUGAUGCCCUGAAUCACGACUUCUUCUGGUCCAACCCUAUGCACUCUGAUCUCAAAAACAUGCUCUCCAACCAUAACCAAUCCAUGUUCGAGUACCUGGCUCCUCCCAGGAGGAGGGGUGGACAUAUGACACAGCAGCCUGCCAAUCAGGGCAGGAAUCCAGUGGCGACCAAUCAGACAGAGUUUGACAGAGUGUUCUGAUGGCUGUGGACCACGAACAAGAAUGGAGUACUGGUUUCCAAUGGAAUAACGAAAAUGAUUUGUUUCAGCUGUUUUGUUUUGUUU